AUGUGUCGGUAUCUUCGGCGAACUCAAGAUGAUUUGAAGGAGGCCUUGGGUAAGAUGAAAUUCAAGAGUGUGGGGGUGCUCUGCGACGCAUCCCCCAAAGCCAAGAUGAUUUGGCUUCCCAUCAUCGUGAUGCCGAACAAGAUUGGGCUUGCUACCCUGCAAAGGCUGAGUGGUUUGCUCCCCUCAAGUGCCAGCCCCGAAGAGAAGAUGGAAGUCGCCGCCAUGGUCGCCGACUCCCGGACUCGCAAUGUGGUGGCCGAGACAAAGCAGAAGGAUCUGAAAAAACAGCUGAAGCUCGGUCAGCAAUUGCCCAAAGCCCUGAACGCGAUCAAACAGGAGAAACUGGCUAGCCGGCAAGAGCUCAAGGCUGUGAUGAACAUCCUGAGCCAUGUCGGGAUGGCUUUGGAUGCCUUCUUCCCAAGGAAUCCAUUGACUUCAAAAGUCCCCGGCAUGGAAGAGAGGCAGGUCCUUCAGCUCAACUCCCAGAACUUUGCAUUCAUCUUCAACAAAGAGACGGGGCAGGUCCGCUGGGACAUUCCAAUGCACUCCGCCACACAGGACAUCCGCCUAGUGCUUUGUGCCGACCAAGGGUCCCCGCUGCACACUUGCUUUCAGUUCUUAGCAUUGUCGGGAGCGAACAUCUCUUUGAACGGUUUCGAGGAGACCAGUGACGAGCAGCUGAACUUCAACCGAGUUAUGGAUGUCCUGGGCAAAGUGGGAAAGAAUCCCUUCAAGUGCGAGAACGACUCCGGGCAGCAGGCGAAAAACUACGACAAGACGGUGGACACUUGUGUGAAGGUGCUGACCAGCGAGGAGUACUUCGCACUCUUCCGGAUUGCCCGGAACGUCCUCAGACCCUUCAGGCAAAAGAACACCAACCAAAAGAAUGCGCUUCGCGACCACACGCUGAAGAUGAACGGCGAAGCCCUAGAAGCGACUUUGGUCGAUUUGGCCACGACGGCCUUGAGCAGCAGCCGUCUGGGCAUGCUGCCGGACAUGGCUGUCUCUGGAGAGGCACUGACAGUUAAGUUCCGCAGAGCCGACUCGCUCUCCAGUGCACUCAACGAGGGCCACAAGAUGCUUUUGGCAAGCAUACACGAGAUGCUGCAGUACGUUCUGUUUCUUCGGUCUGCUCCCGCCAAAGCUGCUGCUUUGCUGUCGACGGUCGAGGACAGCCCCACCAAGGACGCCGUUCUGAAGGAGCUGGAGCAAGAGUGGCGAGUGGUACUCGCCCUCGAAGACACCCCUCUUGGAGCAAGCCUCCUUCGGCAGCACUGCAGCUUUUGCUCCUUCCAGCACUACCGAGAGGUAAUGACAGUGUACGAAAAAAGUGGCUGGAAGAUGACCUCUGAGACCACAGCCCUCACGGCCUCUUGGUUCCCACCAAUGGCCUGGUCGGCAUCCCUGGAGAGUGUGUUCGGAGACCUUCAGGAUGCUGUGAAGCGGUCUGGCCGCAGUGACUGCGGCUCGCUCCCCAACCUUUUCGCGGUUGGGGUACGGUCUCUGCAGAACCGUCUUGGGGCGCAGGAUGGAUCGGCGGCUCAGGUGAAGUUGCAGGCUGCGGACUGGGUAGGCAAGAAUGUUGCGGUGGACAACAUCCUGAAGCCCUUUCCGAGCACGACCGCCUUCUUCCACAACCACCACUGCCUCAACUUCAUGCUGGGGCAGGGCAAGAACCCCGCACAGGAAGCAGCGAGCUUCUGGGUCCAGGCCUGCUUCUCGACGGGCAUGCUGCUGAAGUACGAUGGCCAGUUCUACUUGGCCACGGGCAGCACGCCAGCCGUUCUCACCGCCGUUCGCUUGAAAGAGCUUCCCUACCUCUUCAAGGGGCCCCUCCCGGCGGCGACGGCUGACGAGACGCGGAUGCCUUGCCAUCCGAACGACAAGGCGGAUCUGCUGAGCCCCUCUUCGAGCACACCUGCUCUGGUGCUGGACUGUGGAAGGACCAUGAUUCAGCAGCUCCGCUUCGACUACGAGGAGGUGAAGCUCUUUGACUACACCUUGCACGUCUGCGAGGGAAGCCUCGCAGACAAGUGCGGCUCGGCAGUUGUGCUGAGGCGAAGCUCUCAAGAGUUUUGUCUGCUUUGCUUCUUGGUGCACUCAGAGCUCAUCCUGACGAGCUCCAGCGCCUCUUUGACAGAGUUGCUGCACAAGCACGACAUCCAGAUGCCCAAGAACUCAACGAAAGCUCACAAGGUGAGGAGAAUCUUGGCUAUGGACAAGGUGAAGGAGGCUUGUGCUUCAAGCACAAUCGCGAAGCUGCUGGCUCGAUUGGAUGAAGCAGAUGCAAAGAAAAGAAACAAAGAGAAAGAGAAAGAGAAGAACGACGAUGAUGUGGACGAGGCGCUUUUCUGA